AUGAGUAGCCUUCAGAAGGCCUGGGCCAAGAACCGCUUGAGUCUUCUGCCUCCCGAGAGCUUCGACGAGCGGGACGAGGAGGAGGCGGGCCACGUCUCCGACCUGCCAGAGCAUCCCGACGAUGAUUCGUCCUCGGCAUCCUCAGCCUCCUCCACCGGCACCGUCAUCCCGUCUCCAAGCCAGAACCUCUUUGCCAGGCCUCAGGGCGCGCCGAGAGGGCGGUCCCUCCAGCAGAUCCCCUGGACCACCUACUUCGAGAGGGAGCUGUUCCUCCACGACCCAAGCGGCCCUGCGAAUCCGACCAUCCAUGCCUACCUGACCUCUCCUGUCGGUAAGGGCCCUCUGUUCGUCAUGCAUCAUGGUGCCGGUUCGUCGGGCCUUUCCUUCGCCGUCGUGGGAGCCGAAAUCCGGAAACGCCUCUCGUCCGCCGGCAUUCUGUCCCUUGAUGCCCGGGGCCACGGCUCGACCACCACCCCGGACAGCCAAGCAGGCGACCUCAGCCUCGAGACUCUGGCUGCCGACCUCCUCUCCGCCAUCUUGUUGACUCAGAAAGAGAUGAAGUGGGUUGAGCUGCCGCCGAUCAUCUUGGUUGGGCACUCGCUGGGCGGCGCCGUGGUAACCGAGCUCGCGAAGGCGGGACAGCUUGGCAGCGCGCUUCUAGGGUACGCUGUCCUUGACGUGGUCGAAGGUUCGGCUAUCGACGCCCUCCAGAGCAUGCACACCUAUCUCUCGACGCGGCCAGACGGAUUCUCGACCCUAGAAGCCGGUAUCGACUGGCAUAUCAGAUCGAGGACGAUUCGCAACUCGGUCUCCGCACGCACUAGCGUCCCGGCUCUGCUCGUGUUGAACGAGCGGCCUGGCGACCCGCGGCCCUGGAAGUGGAGGACCAAUCUCGGCGCGACACAGCCGUUUUGGGAGAACUGGUUUGUCGGGUUGAGCAAGAAGUUCCUGAGUGCGAAGGGUGGGAAGCUACUGCUCCUCGCCGGAACGGAUAGGCUGGAUACAGAACUAACAAUCGGUCAGAUGCAAGGGAAGUACGCCCUACAAGUGUUCCCGGAGGCAGGCCAUUUCAUCCACGAGGAUCUGCCCGAGAAGACCGCCAUAUCACUCGUGGACUUCCAUCGUCGUAACGAUAGAAGCGCGCUGAUACUACCGCCUAAAGUAUCCGACCUUUUGAAGCAGGGAAAGAAGGUUUAG